AUGCCCGUUUCGCCACGAACGAUCUUCUACCGCCCGACGGCCAAGGAAGCCGAAGCGACAUUGGACUCGCAGUUCCGGCGCUAUGUCAACAAAAAGCGAGGAUUGCACCUUAGGGACUAUUGGGAACUGCACGCAUGGUCGUUGGAGGAUUUGAAUGAGUUCUGGAGUCAGUCAUUCUACCUAUUCGUUGUUUUUGGUCCGGUUCGGAGGGGGGAUGUUCAAUCGUCGGCGCUACCUACGCCGGAGUUUAGGUCACGAAAAAUAAUGAUGAAAGCACUUCGGGCGGUCGAUCGGGUCCCUCGUCGUGCUGUAGAGAUUAGGUAUGACUAGAAGAGUUGACCUUUUUUUUUUUUUUUUUUUUUUUUCUUCUUUCGUACACAGCCGACAUGUGGGACUUUACCGGUAUCGUGGGAGAGAAAGAGUGCGUUCACCUAGCGCUUGCAGCUUGCAGUGUUGGGCCUCUACCCCACCUACAUACCGGGCGACCGAACCCAAGCAGAAUCGAAAAGGUCAGGAGUUGACCCGGCUUUCUUCGUCGUAUGGUACAGAAAAUUACUCUUCGAUUCGUCGCAACCUAUGGACCGCGUGAACCCGCGCUUGAUCCGAGCCAAGAUGAACUACGCCGAAAAUACUCUCAUGGCUCAUUCUAAUGCCCGAUCAAAGACAGCCAAAGCCAUCAUUUCGGUCGCUGAACCUUCGGUCCCUUCUUGCUCCCCAAAAUAUCUCGAAUCGACACAUUUGCGCACGAUGACCUAUGAAGAGCUGUACCAAGAGGUGCGCAAGUUGGCGCAUUCGCUCAAAGCCAUGGGCGUCGUUGCGGGCGACCGGGUUGUGGCUUUCUCGUCUUCGAAUGUCGAGGUCAUAGUCAUGACUUUGGCGGCUGCUUCCCUUGGCGCGGUAUGGAGCAGUUGUCCUUCGGAAUUUGGUGUCAAGGCCGUGUUGGAACGAUUCACUCAGGUGGGUAUUAUUGUUGAGAACCAUCUAUCCCAAAGCUCCCGGCUGACUCAUCCUGUUCAAAACCGCUUUUGUCACUCAGAUCGAGCCCAAAGUGCUCAUAACCGGUGAUCGCUAUCGCUACAACGGCAAAUCACUCGACGUCAUCCCCAAGCUGCUUGAGCUUCUCGAAGGUUUACCGACAGUCAAGCACGUCGUCAUGGUCGGCCAACUCGAAAAGGACCGAAUUUCAAAGGUCCCGUUUCCGAAAAACACUCACGGUCGUUCCUGGGCACACUACCAUGAGAUCAUCAAAGCAGGUGAGGGAGCGCCGGCCGAGAUCCAUUUCACGAGGAUGGACGCCAUGGCUCCGAUCUUUGUGCUGUACUCGUCUGGAACGACGGGCAAGCCCAAGGCGAUUGUUCACACUAUCGGCGGCAUGGUCUUGUCGCAGAAGAUGGCAAAGUGAGUUCUACCCACGUAGCAAGCUGAGUUCAGGUGGGUGCUGAUCUGUUUUCAUCUCGUCCGCUUUAGUUCGUGCCACAACAACAUGAGCGCCGACGCCGUCUUUUUGCAAUUCUCGACCCUCGGAUGGAUGAUGUGGAACUACGCGCUCAGCACGCUCAUGAACGGCUGCACGAUGAUCGCCUACGACGGAUCGCCUCUCGCUCCUCUCGGUAUCCUCUUCUCCCUGGUGGACGAGUAUAAAUGCACCCACUUGGGCAUCUCCCCGCGCUUCCUACAGACGCUCGAUAACAACAACUACUUCCCCAAAGAGCAUCAUUCGCUGAAGUCCUUGAAGGUUAUCGCUACCGCUGGGUCGGUACUCAAGGCCGAGUUGUACGACUGGGUUCGCGACAAUGUCGGUCCCAAGGUCUUCAUCAACAACGGUACCGGAGGAACGGACAUUUGCAAUCUGUACGUGCGAAGCUUUUCAACAUCCCCGGAAUUCGAUGGGCUGACCCAUCCUUUGGCACGUCCAUGACUCCAGUUUCGUGGGUGGUGUUCCUUCCUUGCCUGUGUACCACGCCGAGAUCCAAGCCCCUGGGUUGGGCAUGGACCUGCACGCCCUCGAUGAUAACGGCAAGCCCGUCAUCGACGCACAAGGAGAGAUGUGCAUCCUCAAGCCGUUCCCCAACAUGCCCCUCGGGUUCUGGAACGACGAAGGCGACAAGCGCUACCGAGCGUCCUACUUUGAGGCGUACAAGAACCCCAUCUGCUGGACCCAGGGUGAUUGGAUCGAAUUGCAUAGCGUUACGGGCGGGUGCACCGUCUUUGGACGAAGUGACGGCGUGUUGAACCCUGCCGGUGUUCGUUUCGGAAGUGCGGAGCUUUACUCGGUCGUCGAAGAGAUGCGGGACAUCGUCGAGGACUGCAUCGCUGUUGGUCAGAAACUUCCCGAUGGUGACGAACGCGUUGUCCUCUUCGUUUUGCCCAAGCAGGGAAACUUGACCCCUGAGUUGCGCAAGCGCAUCAACGACAACAUCCGCACUCAACGUUCCACACGCCAUGUCCCUGUUGUGAUGAUCCAUUGCCCCAAGAUUCCUUACACGGGUAAUGGCAAGAGGCUCGAAAUUCCCGUCAAGAAGUUGGUCAAUGGCGCCAAAUUCGAGUCGUUGAAUCUUAGUUCGGCCGAGGAUCCCGAAUGCCUCAAGUUCUUCAUCAACCAUCCUGAGUUGGAACUCAAACCCAAGGCCAAACUUUGA